CACAUCAGCUGAUCUGUAAAUUCGUGAGAUAUAAAAGGUCGUUAACGAUGUUGCGAAUAACAAAAACAGUGUUGUGUAAAAACCGGCCCGCUGCUACAGGGAUUUUGACUCAUUGUCAGCGACUAUCAACAGAAGCUCAAAGUGAACCUCUAAAACCAUGUAUUAGAACAUCUGUACCUGGACCAAAAACUGUAGAAUUACUGAAAGACCUUAAUUCUCUGCAGCAAGCAGGCUCUGUUCAGCUGUUUGCAGAUUACGAUAAAUGUAUCGGUAAUUAUUUCGUCGAUGCAGAUGGUAAUGAAUUUUUGGACGCAUUCACUCAAAUAUCAUCUGUCCCUGUUGGAUAUAACCAUCCAGAAUUGCUAAACGCUUUUGCAGAUCAGCAUAAUUUAAAAUCACUGAUUAACAGACCUGCGCUUGGUGUCUUUCCAUCAAAAGAUUGGCCUGAAAAAUUAAGAAAUGUUUUGCUCUCUGUCGCGCCAUCGGGCUUAACUGGAGUAUCAACAAUGAUGUGCGGUUCUUGUUCAAACGAGAACGCAUAUAAAGCAGUAUUUAUGAGGUACAGAACAAAAGAAAGAGGAGGGAAACUUGACUUCACACCUGAGGAAAUAGAAUCUUGCAUGUUGAAUCAGCCACCGGGAGCUCCUAAAUUAUCUAUUAUGUCUUUUAAAGGAAGUUUCCACGGACGAACGUUUGGAACUCUGUCUACGACGAGGUCAAAGCCAAUACAUAAAUUGGAUUGUCCAGCUUUUGAUUGGCCAGCGGCUCCGUUUCCAAAAUACAAAUACCCGCUUUCCAAUUUUCAACGCGAAAAUCAGCGAGAAGAUGAGAAAUGUUUGGAACAAGUCGAAGACUUGAUGGAUAAAUAUAAGAAAGCUGGUAAUCCCGUUGCUGGGGUUAUCGUGGAACCUAUCCAAUCCGAGGGUGGUGAUAAUGAAGCGUCUCCUCAAUUUUUUCAAAAACUUCAAAGUCUAUGCAAAGAUAGAGGUGUGGCGUUGAUUAUGGAUGAAGUACAAACAGGGUGUGGACCCACAGGGAAAAUGUGGGCCCAUGAACAUUUUGACCUACCAACACCCCCAGAUGUUGUCACCUUCAGCAAGAAAAUGUUGACUGGUGGGUUUUAUUACAAAAGCGAUUUUAGGGCACCACAAUCCUACCGAAUUUUCAAUACAUGGAUGGGAGACCCAGGAAAACUCAUUUUACUGGAGCGUGUACUUAAAGUCAUAAAACAGGAAAAUUUACUUUCUUUGGUACAAAAAUCAGGAGCGAUCUUAAAAGAUGGUCUGCAUGAACUGGAGAAAGAAUUCCCAAAUCUGAUAAACAGUGUGAGAGGGCGUGGUACAUUUUUAGCAUUUACCGUAUGCAACACAGAAUUAAGGGACAAACUAAAUAACAAUUUGAAGAAAAACGGUGUACUUGGUGGUGCUUGUGGUGAAACUGCCAUUCGAUUGCGGCCAGCGCUCGUAUUUGCUCCAAAACACGCCGAGAUUUAUUUAGAUGCAUUGAGAAGAACUCUGAAGGAUUUGGAAUAGUCUUACUAAUGAAAUUCUGUAUUUAUAUACGGGCCUUAGUGUCAUCGUAAUUACUUAUAGUAACAUAAGUUUACUACAAAAUUGUGUCAUUUAUAAUGUGAUCUAAAAUAUUACAAUAUGUGUAUUUUAUUCUAUUAUUUUUUGUAUUCUUUAACUAAGUCAUUAUUAGCAUUAUACCUAAGUAUAAAGAGUAAAAGCAAUGUUACAUGAUUAAUACAUUACGAUGUCUUCCAUUAAAUAUGUGUAUUU